UGGAAAAACUCGAAUCUAAUGGGCCAUAACAAUCGAGCCCACUUGAGUUUCAGGCAGGUUGAGUGCAGGAGGAGGAAGAAGACCAAGACGACUUUCAUGGUGGCCGUACUCUCAGCAACUGUCACCCCUCCUUGAAAUUGAACUCUAAAAAUCAAAGAUGCUCCGAAUAUGGAUACGUGGAAGAACAUCAGAGACAGAGAAUCCGGAAAAUCGCGUCCACUUUCCUUCGCUAAUCGCAUAAAAUCCAAUCGCAUUUCUCAACUCGAGUUAUCAAAUCACAAAGAACUCAUUUCCCCUCACAAAGGCGCAAUCAAUUCCAUUCAGAUUGAUUUCACAGAGGGAAGAUAUCUGUUAUCUUCUGCAUCUGAUGCUUCCGUCGCCGUUUACGACGUUCAACGACCGAGUCAAUGCGACGGUUUUAUCUCGAAACACACUUGUUUAUUUGUUGUUGAUAAGCAACAUGAACUAGCUCAUAAAUUUGCGGUUUCUUCAGCUAUAUGGUAUCCUAUUGAUACUGGAUUAUUCAUUACUGGUUCAUAUGAUCAUCAUGUUAAUGUUUGGGACACCAACACCACUCAGGUUGUGGUGAAUUUCAAAAUGCCUGGUAAGGUGUAUAAGACUGCAAUGUCUACGUUGUCGACAUCUCACAUGCUUAUUGCAGCUGGAACUGAGGAUGUUCAAGUCCGUCUUUGUGAUAUUGCUUCUGGGGCAUUUGCUCAUACUUUGUCUGGGCAUCGAGAUGGUGUAAUGACUGUUGAAUGGUCUGCUUCAAGUGAAUGGGUCUUGAUUACUGGUGGUUGUGAUGGGGCCAUACGUUUUUGGGACAUAAGGCGUGCUGGUUGUUUCCAAGUUUUAAAUCAAUCACGGACACAGCUUGGAAGACGUCCACCUUUACUCAAACGAUCUGUCAUAACUAAGGAAUCAAAUACAAAAAUGCGUGCUGCACAGAAGAAAUUUGUCAAUGGCAGUGGCAGUGGCAGUGGACAACUUCCAAUUGGCAGGCUAUCAUCUAAGGGACCCAUGAAGCAGAAAUUACAUCCAGGAAUGAUUUCUACUCAGGAUCGUGCAACUGCUCACUAUGGUGCUGUGACAGGAUUGAAAGUAACAGAGGAUGGCAUGCAUCUCUUAAGUGCAGGGUCUGAUUCUAGAUUGAGGUUGUGGGAUGUUGAGUCAGGCUGCGACACUCUUGUGAACUAUGAAACAGUCCGCUUGCAAACAAGCAAACCUAUUCAAUUAGCUACAACUCAAGACUCGACCCUUGUUUUUGUUCCAUGCAUGAGAGUUGUGAAAGCAUUUGAUAUGUGGUCUGGGAAUGCAAACACGAUACUACGUGGACACUAUGAGUCUGUAAACUCCUGCUGGUUUAAUCAACAUGAUCAGGAGUUGUACACAGGUGGAAAUGAUAGACAAAUUCUUGUAUGGUCACCUGCUAGGUUAAUUGCGGAUGAAAUGAACGAAGGAGAUCCCGACGAUCAGGAUAACUGGAGUAGCUGAGUUUGCCAUCCUUUCGUGUGACAUAUUUUCCCUGUUCAUAUAAUUGGUCUGCAGUUUGUAACUUGAAUGUUUGUGGGAUUUGUAAAUAAAGGUUUGCUAUGGUUUUUGAGCAUAUGUGAAAUGCUGAGAAGAACAAGCCUCCAACAUUGUAUAAUAGAUAGAUUUCCCCCUUUCUUUUGUCUUGUAAACUAUGCCAGUGUAAAUAUCAACACAUUUAUAUAUUGUUUUAGUUUGAAUU